AUGAACUCCGACUGGCUCCGCAAAAUUUGCGAAGUUUGUUCAGAUGUCCGAAAUGUGUUUCUGUCUGACGUUUUUUUGAGUUCUUCCAGAGUCAACUCCAAUCGAAAAGUUGCGAAAUCCGGAAAACGUCGUUCCGAGGAGAGCCAACCGUGCUGCUCAUCAUCUGUAAAGAAAGCGCCUCGAGGAAAGAAAAAUGAGAAAUCGAAUGAACCCGAUCUGAAAGAUGAACUGGAGAAGGAUAUUGAAAGAGCUCAAAAACAAGAGGAAGAGAUAAAGAAAGAUGUGAAAAUGGUUCUUGAGUUAGAAAUGGGUGCGAAGAAGGGGAGGAAGAGAAACGAGAGUGUAUGA